AUGACCAGUGAAUUCACUACGACAGAAAAGAAUGAAUUGUUCAGGUGCUUAGAGGACUGGAGUAAUAAACCUGUGCAUGUACACAGUUCUCCCUCGGUGGAGGGCGUUUCCUCUAGCGAAACUGAGAUCAUUACUGACCCAAUGGCAAGGGACAAACAAAAUGAAGCCGAUUCACGUUCAAUUUUUGUACGAAAUCUUCCUAUACAUGUAACGCCAUCUUGUUUGAGUAAGGCUUUUAAGGAUAGUGGUACUAUCAACCGCGUUACCAUUUUUACAAAGAAGAGCCGAGGCUCGUUAAAGAGCUACGCUUAUAUCGAGUUUGAAAACGUGGAAUCAGCUCAAAGAUCGUUGAGCUUCGGAAAAAAGGUAGUAGACGGCCAUAUCCUUGAGAUAUCGAAAAAGAGAACAAACGUAAGAAGAUACGUGAGAUGGUCCGCUCAAGCCUCAAGCUCCUCCACGCGAUGUACCUUUUAG